CGUGCACUGAGUUUUAAUACGAAAUACUACAUUUACUUUAGAGUGCCAAGUUUACUUGAAUAGAAAACAAAAUUUACUGUCUACAUAAUACGUUAUCUCCGUAGUGCGUAAACAGGGUUCAUGUUUCGAUUACAAAUUUUAAUGACGUACUGCUGUUGCUGACAUACGUACAUAGAUAUGUAUAUAAUAUCUUAUUUAAUAGAUUGUAUAUUUAAAUGCGAAUAUGUUAAGUCCGAAGAAGUUUAAUGGCAAGCCAUUCAUUAGUCAGUCGUCUAUCGUCUUAUUAACUAUUUAUUUAGCGUCCUAUUAAGUUUGCAGACAGUUGAAGAUUUAUAGAAAUUGAAAUAUGACAAAUCCAAUGGAAGUUCUUAACGAUGAUAUUUAUCGUGUCUUUAGGUGUGGAUCAGCAAUAUUAUUUGCGAGAUUCGUUAUAAUAUAUUUUCGGAAAAUACGAAACUUUGCAGUUCAAUAUAUUUUUGAAGUUCCAGAAGGAGUACAGUUCAGUUCACACUCAAACGUAGCUUACACCGAUGGUAACAACGGCCUAAUCAAACAAUCUGAAGAUGACUUCCAAUAUGUUGUAUUAUGGACGCUGUGUACGUGGUUUUGGUUAACUACUUCACCACCCUAUUGGCUGGCUGCAACACUUAUUAGGAUUUUCGUAAUUACUGAAACAAUUGGUGAAGUAUUGUGUUAUCCACAGUGAAGAGGAUCGAAGAUUUAUGAAAGAACCCUAUAUAAUCGUUGAUCCUAGAGCAGGAGGACAUCCUGAUGUUGAUCGAAUCAGAAGUGCCCAUCGUAGCGAUCUUGAAGCCAUAAUUUUGUAUCUCAUAAUUACACCUAUAUGGAU